CUUUUUCUUCUUCAGCCAUUCGUUUUGCUUGUGACUGAUUGCGGACGGAUAUAAACGCCAAUAUUUAUUUUUACGGGACGAGCAAACAUAUCACUUUACAUAGAUUGAACAUUAUAUCUAAGCUGCAGUUGCAAUGUCGAGUUCGACAGAAACGAAAACCGUUCGAUUAACCGUCAUUGCCGCUGAUGGCCUUGUGAAAAAGGAUUUAUUUUUCAAGCUGCCCGACCCAUUCGCUGUGGUGACUGUAGAUGGUGAACAGACGCAUACGACAACGGUCAUGAAAAAGACUUUAAAUCCCUACUGGAAUGAGAGCUUCGACUUACAAGUCACUAAUAAGAGUGUCAUUGCAGUGCAAGUUUUUGACCAAAAAAAAUUCAAAAAGAAAGAUCAAGGCUUUUUGGGUGUUAUCAAUGUCCAAAUGGGCGAUGUGUUCGACCUUGAAGUCGGGGGUGACGAAAUGCUGAUUUUGGAUUUGAAAAAGUCGAAUGCUAAUGAAACCGUCCACGGAAAACUUAUUCUCAAUGUCUCCACCAACGUUAAUGUCCCCAUUCGCAACGGCACCAAUACCCUAGCUCCUGGAACACAGCCCUCUCUCCUUAAUGCCUCGCAGUCUUCACUCGUCUCUUCACCUCAAGCCGCAACCUCAUCUCAAUCCUCAGCAGUUGCUAACGAACGCUCAGCCACAUCAGGAACCCCAUCCGCCACGCCUGCCAGCACCUCCAACGCAACUGAAAAUAACAGACAAAAUGAUCUCCCACCAGGUUGGGAGCGACGAGUGGAUCAUUUAGGCCGCCCUUAUUAUGUCGAUCACAAUACUCGGACAACUACUUGGAAACGGCCUUCCGCAAGAACCGCCCAAGAUCAACAAAAUCUCACUGAAAUGGAACGUCGUCGUCAUAAUGCACGUGGACUUCCGGAAGAACAAUCCACGGCUGCCACUAGCUCGACGUCUUUGGACAAUCGCUCAGCACAACCUUCUGGUGCCGGUGCUUCCACACAGAACACAUCCACCAAUGCUGCCAACAUCUUGGCCGUUCAAAGCAAUAUGACGACAGCCGGUUCAGGUCCUUUACCACCAGGCUGGGAAAUGCGAACUACAUCCGGUGACCGUCCUUAUUUCGUUGAUCAUAAUACGCGCACAACGACCUGGGUCGACCCUAGAAGGCAACAAUACAUUAGCACCAUUGGACCCGGUUCGAACUUGCAAGUACAAGUGCAACCAGUAUCACAGCUAGGUCCUUUGCCUUCGGGAUGGGAAAUGCGAUUGACAAACACGGGCAGAGUGUACUUUGUUGAUCAUAAUACGAAAACAACCACGUGGGACGAUCCAAGAUUACCCAGCAGUUUGGAUCAAAAUGUACCACAGUAUAAACGUGAUUUCCGUCGCAAACUGAUCUACUUCCGUUCUCAACCUGCUUUACGCCCGGUACCUGGUCAAUGCCAUAUCAAGGUCAGACGUGAUCAUAUUUUCGAAGAUGCUUACGCAGAAGUAAUGCGUCAAGCGCCAGCGGAUUUGAAGAAGCGACUCAUGAUCAAGUUUGACGGAGAAGAUGGCCUUGAUUACGGUGGUUUGUCGAGAGAAUUCUUCUUCCUGUUAUCUCACGAAAUGUUCAAUCCAUUCUACUGUCUCUUUGAGUACUCGGCUCAUGAUAAUUAUACGUUGCAAAUCAAUCCUCAUUCUGGUAUCAAUCCGGAGCAUCUCAAUUACUUCAAAUUCAUCGGGCGUGUUGUUGGUCUCGCCAUUUUCCAUCGACGAUUCUUGGACGCAUUCUUUAUUGUUUCAUUUUACAAGAUGAUUCUAAACAAGAAAGUGACUGUCGCCGACAUGGAAAGUGUGGAUGCCGAUUUCCAUCGCAGUUUGAUGUGGAUUCUCGAUAACGAUAUCACGGAUGUGCUGGAUCUUACAUUUUCCACGGAUGAUGACCGAUUUGGUGAAAUGGUUACAGUGGAUCUCAAACCCGGUGGUCGUGACAUUGAAGUGACAGAAGAAAACAAAAAGGAAUAUGUGAACUUGAUUACGGAAUGGCGCAUUUCAAGACGUGUAGAAGAACAGUUCCGUGCUUUCAAAGAAGGCUUUAAUCAGCUUAUCCCUCAGGAUCUUAUCAAUGUGUUUGAUGAACGUGAACUCGAACUUCUCAUCGGUGGUAUUGCCGAAAUCGAUGUUGAUGAUUGGAGAAAGCACACCGACUACAGAGGAUAUACCGAACAGGACGAUGUCAUCCAAUGGUUCUGGGAGUGCGUUCGGUCCUGGGACAGCGAAAAGAAGUCUCGAUUAUUGCAGUUCACGACCGGUACAUCCCGAAUUCCUGUUAACGGCUUUAAGGAUCUGCAAGGGAGCGACGGACCACGUCGAUUCACCAUCGAAAAAUCGGGUGAAGUCACUCAAUUACCGAAAGCACACACUUGUUUCAAUCGUAUCGAUAUGCCACCUUACAAAUCAUACGAAUCCUUGGUAGCCAAGUUGACUCUUGCUGUGGAAGAAACAAUGGGUUUCGGUCAAGAAUAGAAAAACUAUUCCAGUAACGAUUCCCCGAUUGGUUUUUUUUAUUUGUUAUUAUCUUCUCUUGCUCCUUUCUCUCAUCUUUUUUCUCUUUUUCUUCCUCUUUCCCUUUCUCUUUGUUCUCAACUGUACUUGCCUGAUAUUUUGUAUCUUUGUAUGAUUAGCUUCCUUUAAUGGGUGAAAUUCAAAUCUACCUAUGCCUAAACUAUCGUAUCAUCGU